AUGGCGGAGACUUUCGCGUUUAACGCGGACAUCCAGCAGCUGAUGAGCUUGAUCAUCAACACCUUCUACUCCAACAAGGAGAUCUUCCUGCGUGAGCUCAUCUCCAACGCCUCGGAUGCUUUGGACAAGAUCCGCUACGAAUCGAUCACUGAUCCAGACAAGAUCGAGGCGCAGCCCAACUUCUUCAUCAAAAUCAUCCCGGACAAGACCAAUUCGACUUUGACCAUCGAAGACUCCGGCAUCGGCAUGACCAAGAACGAGUUGAUCAACAACCUCGGGACGAUUGUCGCUCGAUCGACUUAUCUCUGA